AUGGUGAAAAAACGUAAAAAGAAGGAUUCGGGUGAGUCCUUAAAUUUCAGCACAAGCAGCGAUUCCGAUUGCGAGGAUUCGCUAGUAUUGCAGGAUGCAAAUGCUUUCGCUCCCUUUAGGGUCGCUGAUUAUUGUCGGCGAUACUCUGAAGAUGCGGAAGCCAAGUCUGAACUCUUAGUAUGUGUCAAAAGUACUAAAGAUGUCCCACUCGGUAAUAGGGACAUGAUGUCGCUUAGUACUAGUUUUAUACGCUCUGUGAAAGGCGAUUUUAACGCCCAUCACACUUUUUGGGGUUGCAGUCGCAUAGAUUCUCGGGGCAGAGCUAUUAUGGAUUCCAUGGAUGACCAUGACUUAAUACUUUUAAAUAAUGGUCAACCAACAACUACAGGCUCUCAUAUUUGGAAACCAAACAGUCUAGAUUUAACUAUGGUGUCUUCUUCUUUAUUUCUUUCUUGUGACUGGCAAGUUCAUCAGGAACCUUUAGGCAGUUAUCAUCUGCCAACUAUCACAAAAUUUACUCUCGUAAAAGAUCAACAUGAGCCCUCUAUUUCCUUGAACUAUAUUCCUUUUCACAGCAAUCUGAAAUUAGUAAAUUAG